CUUUCGGAAGGAAAAAAAAUUAAAAAAAAAAUCUAAUCCGCCCCAUACGUUUAACCAGCAGUGAGAUAUAAGCAUUAGCCAACAGAACGCUCGUUCUAUCUUCCUCGAUUGCUUGUGGGCCAAAUCGAAUUCACCAACCUAGUCAUCGGAGGUUAGCUUCGUAAUCAUGAGGACUCGGAAUUCCGCUACCCCGAAACCGGCCGCGGCAAUAAAGACGCCUCCGGCGAGGAAAUCCGUUGCCAAAACCCCUCCAAACGACUCGCGGAUAGAAUCGGCUACCCUCAAAACCGCCGACACCAACGCCGUCUCCACCUCCACGCCCACCGCUAGCGUUGAUUUGAAGCCGCCCCAACAACCUGCUGAUGCUGUGGAGGUGACACCGGAAACGAAAGUAGGUGCAGGAGCUAAAACAACAAGAAAGGUUGUAGUAAGGAAGACACCGGCUAGAACCAAAACUCCUACAUCAGCAAAAGCUGUACCUAGGAAGACGCCAAAUUCAGAACAAACGGAGGAGUUAAAGGUUGGAGAAUCCUCCAAGAAGGAAGAGGUUGGGGAUGCUAAGGAUCUGGAUUCUUCGCUGAAAGAAGAAUCUUCUCUUUCAAUUGUUGAAGAGUCUGUCAAUAAGGAAGAACUAUCUGCUCAAAAUCCUGAAGAAACCAAAAGGGUGGAGGAUCAAAAUGUGAUGAAGGGUGAAGAGCCCCCUCAAGAAAAAGAAGACGGUAUUGGCGUGGAAAAGCUUUCGACAGUUGAUUUGAAGGCCAAACAACCUGUCGAACAAGCAAAAACAUCAGUUGAUGCUGUGAAGGUAACACUGCCGGCAAAAUUACGUACAGGGGUUAAAACAACAAAAAAGAUUGUGGUAAGGAAAACAGUGGCUAAAACCAAAACUCCUACGUCAGCAAAAGCUGUACCUAGGAGGACACCUAAGCCGGAGCAAACAUCAAAUUUUAAGGUUGGUGAACGCUCCAAGAAAGAAGAGGAUGAGGAUGCUAUGGACGUUGAUUCUGCUAAGAAAGAAGAAUUUUCUAUCUCAAAUGCUGAGGAACCUGCAAAAGAGGGAGAACCUUCAGUUGAAACUGUUGAAGAAACCAAAAAGAUGGAGGCUCAAACUGUCAUGAUUGUUAAAGACCCCCCACAGGAGGAAGAAGAGGUUAUUGACGUGGAACAGCAUUUGGUUCUGAAUGUCGAAGAAUCAACAAGGCAGGAAGAUCCCGUUGCUUUGGAUGUUGGGGAAGUGUCAAAGAGUCAAGAACCUGGCAUACCAAGGGAGGAGGAAGAGGUGAAGGAAGAAAUAAGGGAGGAGACGAGAAUCAUUGAGGAUGACGUGGGAUCAGAACCGGAGGCUGUCAACAUGGAAGAAGAUAUGAAUGAGUUGAGAGGAGAAGAUACUCAAUGCGAGGAUGAUGUCCAUGGUAACGAGAGGGUAGAGGAGGGCAGCGACCAAGAAGUUCUUGAAGAAUUUGGGGAGGAAGAACUUGUGGUGGAUGACACACCAGAGCAGGGCGAAGAAGCAGAGGCAUUGGAAGAGGAAAACAUGGAAUUAACUGCUGCAGCGAAAGAGCGUAAGAUGAGGAAGGAGCUGGAGAUAUUUGUUGGUGGUUUGGAUCGUGGUUCAGUGGAAGAGGAUGUGAAAAAGGCUUUUGAGAACAUUGGAGAUGUAGUUGAAGUUAGGUUGCAUAAAAAUACUUCAACGGACAAGAAUAAGGGGUAUGCAUUCGUGAAGUUUGCAACAAAGGAGCAAGCAAGCCGAGCUUUAUCAGAAAUGAAAAACCCUCUUAUAUGUGGGAAGCGUUGUCGGACUGGACCCAGUGAGGAUAAUGACUCAUUGUUCCUGGGCAAUAUUUGCAAUACUUGGACAAAGGAAGCUAUCAAACAAAAAUUGGAAGACUAUGGCGUUCGAGGUGUUCAGAACAUUACUCUUGUGGCAGAUGCCCGCCAUGAAGGGCUGAGUCGUGGUUUUGCAUUUAUUGAGUUCUCUUGUCAUGCUGAUGCCAUGCUUGCGUACAAGAGGCUCCAAAAGCCGGAUGUCAUUUUUGGCCAUACAGAAAGAACUGCUAAAGUGGCUUUUGCUGAACCUUUACGUGAGCCAGAUCCUGAUGUGAUGGCCCAAGUUAAGUCGGUAUUUAUUGAUGGCCUACCUCUGAACUUGGAUGAAGAUCGAGUGAGGGAGCAAAUGAAAGCUUAUGGGGAGAUUGCACGAAUUAUGUUGGCCCGGAAUAUGUCUACCGCCAAGAGGAGAGAUUAUGGAUUUGUAGAUUUUACCACGCAUGAGGCUGCUGUUGCUUGUGUUGAGGGAAUCAAUGACAAAUAUUUAGGUGAUGGGAACUCAAAGACUAAAGUGAAAGCAAGACUUUCAAACCCUUUGCCAAAAACUCAGGCCAUCAAGGGUGGAAUCUGUGGAGGGUUUAGAAUUGGCCGUGCUGGAGCUGGAAGCUUUUCAAAAUUUGGAAGGGGUUUUGGGAAGGGUGCCCAUGCCUUCAACCGACCUAAUUUUCAACGUGGCAGGGGUUUCUAUCAACGUGAUAAUGUUCCAACUUGGAGAAUGGGUUUUGCCCGUGAACAUGACCAUGAUAUCCAGUAUCCUCCUUUCCACCGAAGAGAAAUGUCUGGACAAGGUGGAUGGAGGGAUUCAUUUCGGGGUGCUCAUGAUGCAUCUCGCGGAGGUGCUGUUCCAGCUAGACCUAACCUUGAGAGGGGUAGACACAAUCCACCUGAUAGAGGUCAUGGGAUGCCCAUCUCAAACAGGAGGCAACCGUUUCCCAAUGGAGAAGGAUUCAGCAGAACAUUCGGUGGACGGCAUUUUGAUGACCCUUACUUCUAUGAUGGCCAUCCACAUGGGACGAAACGACCAUUCUUUAUGGCAGACCAGGAUCCUGAUUACAUGGAGCCUAGCAGACAUCGUCCUCGAUUGGAUUACUCUGAUCCAGCGAUUCCAUUCCGUACGCCUCGCUAUCGAGAUUCUUUUGAAGCCGGCAGCAGCCUCAACUCCCAUGAUUAUUAUGGCACUGAUUACGGUGAAGGUCCAUAUUCAUCUUUUUAUCAGAAUGAUCGCCCAUAUGGAGGUGGCUUUUACCACUAGAAUUUAGAAAGCCUUGAUGGACCUGGGAUGGGAUGGACAUUGUGCAAUGCUGGUUUCUGGACUUUCUGCUUGGAAGGAAAUCUGAAUUUAGUCUCUACUUUUCUUUCCUUAGUUCCUUCUUUUUCCAGCCUAUUAUCACGUCCUUUUGUCUGUCUUCCUCCACAUCUCUGGUCUUUCUCUGCUCUCUCUGUCAAAUUGGUCAGACGUAACGAGUUUUAAGUGUCUUGUUUAGGUGAUCCCUCCAGGAAGGAUAGUUAUGUGGAUAUCAAUAAUAUUUUGAACUAUGGGAUCUUUUAGUGUUAAGGUAUCAGCGAGUUUUGCCCUUGAUAGGACAGCAUGAGGACAGCAUAAAUGGGCUAUGGACAUAAGCUGUAGAGAUUGCGUCAGGAUCUUUGUGUGAGAUCGAAUACAAAUGUCGAUCCUUUUGUCAUGAAGCUUAAAGGAAACUAGGGGGGAUCAGCUUCUGUUUCUAGAAGGCUGAGUUUCAGUUCAAGGUUUUCAUUUCAUUGAUAUAGAUUCGGAGUUUCAGUUCAAUGUGCUAGAGGCAACUUUGGAUAUUCUAUUUAUAAUUUUGCCUGGAGAAUAAUAUAUUGUGGCAACUUGCAUUCAA